AUGUCCCCUCGCCGCCACGGCUACCCCACACCCCGCGUCGCCCCCACACCUCGACGUUGCCCUCCUCCAGUGCCCCACACCUAUUGCCCACUCCGUGGCCCCAUUCGCCCACACCUCCCGGGAGGCCGCCAGGCUGGAGAACUCGCCGAGCCGGCCCGGCGCCACCGCGCGCCGCAAAGAGCCCAGCGGGGGGGAGACGCGCGGUCCCGCUCGGCACCGGCCCAGAGCAGCCCCGCCGUGCCCCAGCCCCCCUCCCACACGGCCCAGCACGAGGGCUUCCUGUUCCGCAAGCUGGACAUCGACGCCCAGAAGAAGAGCUCCAACAGGUCUUGGGUCAACCUGUACUGCGUGCUUUCCAAGGGAGAGAUCGGCUUCUACAAGGACGCCAAAAACACCGCCACACCUUACAACAGCGAGCCCAUGCUCAACCUGAGCAGCUGCACCUGUGACGUCACCAACGGCUACAAGAAGAAGAAGAACGUCUUCACACUCAAAACGAAAGAUGGGAGCGAGUUUCUGUUCCACGCGAAGGACGAGGACGACCUGAAGGGCUGGAUCGCGAACAUCACCGCCAGCAUCUCCGAGCACGAGGAGAUCGCGAAAUGGGGGCAGCCUCAGCCCACUACCUCUUCCACCGACGAGGGCACGCGGCGGGACGGCAGCAAGGCCGAAAAGUCGGAAAAGGGGGAGCGGUCCGACCGGGGGGACAAGGCGGAGAAGGGGGACAGGUCGGAAAGGUCGGAGAAGGGGGAGAGGCCGGAGAAGGGAGGGAGAACAGACAAGCGCUCCAGCACGUCGGGGAAGAAGAAAUGAGGGCGGAGUCACGUGUGGGGGGCGGGGUGGGGGUGUGGCUUACCGGAAGCCGGGAUUUGUCCCGUCCGUCCGGCCCCACCCCCCACCCUCCCUCGAUGUGGAUCAAUGCUGAAAAUAACGUCGAAAAGGAAGCAGGGCAAACGUGCGGGAUUACCGGGGAACACGUGCUCGCGCGCCCGUCCCCUCCCUCUCUCUCUUUCUCUCUGUGGCUCCGAGGACUUGCUCCACACCAGGCACCAGCUCUCGUUGCGCCGCCACUCUCCGCUUCUGCCCCCGGGCAGUUAGAGCCCCCCCUAGUGGUCGUGGCUGGACACUGCAUCACAGCCAGGGUGGUAGGCUAAGACAGAAAUACCCCGUACAAAAAGGUUGUUGUGACAGGAAUUAAGUUAAAGUAGCUCAUUAAGAAUGUUUCCUUUCAAAUUACCUGUAUCUAAAUGUACCUAUUUAGCUUCCUGUCUGUCUAUCUAUCUAUUUAUAUGUCUAGACAUCAUAUCUUAUAAUCCCAAGCAACAUUGAAUGAAAUGCCAAAAUGUUUUAAAAAGCUGGCUUUUUUUCUUUUGGAAAAUUCCUGUUUGUUGCCCCCUCUCUUCUUUUACCCUCUGCUCUAUCUCGUCGUCACCCCCCAUCCCCCCCUUGUAAUUCCCUUGUUGCUUAGUAACUUCAUAUGAGGGCUCAGGCACUUCUGCACCUAUUCCUCCGAGGUCCACAAGGCGCCAUUUUGACUAGGGAAUGGGACAGGAAGCUUGGGGCUUUCAAACAGGAAGGCCUGCGGUGUGAGCGAAGCAGCUGCGCGCGGUUCUCUCUGCCAGGUGUGGUGGGCUGGCACGAAGAAGGGUUUCAGUGCCACCUGGUCUUCCGGCAUCCCGAGCCAAACUUGGGUCUGUGGUUGAGAAGAGCAUUGUUAAUGAGCAGAAGACAACCUCAACCCCCAGUAUGGCUGCUGUCUCUUUGCUGGGGUACAGGAUGGAGAGGGGUAUCUCUGUCACCCCCACAGAGGGGGUCCGCAGGUCAAGAGUGGUCCGUCUGUCUGUGUUACCCCAUUUGUGUCACGUCUGAUUUUCUCGAAGACCUCAUUCUCAGAAGGAUGAAAAGCAUGUCUGAGUAUCGCUGUUCACCUCGGCCAGGGUCUCAUAGCUCAGGUUCUGUUUGAUUAUUCGUGUUCUCAGUUACUCUUAGUCUUCCAAACAUGGCCGAAAUCUCUCUGUAGUAAGGCGUCGCCUCCACUGGGAGAACAAGCGAGGUUUUAGGUUUUUUGCGGGACGGGGCUGUUCAGAUGACCCCAGCAUCUCACAGGAAACGCAAAGCAUUGUGGGAGACCAGAUAGCGCCCCUGACAGGUGUGGGUGCAGAUAUCUUCGGGAGAGGCACAUCCUGUUCCUCUGGGCUGGGUGGGGAAAUGUCCCUCUUGCUGGAUGGUUUUUACCGCAGUUUAUCUCUGUUGAUAUGCAGCCACAAUGAGGAUAAGUGUGAGAAAUGGUGCUUUAUUGUGGAUGUAGGUGAUUGUUUCAUAGCCAAUAGCUUCUGUGUAUUAUGACUUGCGGUUGUUAGGUUGGCGCGUAUGGCUUCUCACAAAUAGCACAGCAGCACCGUGUGCGGCAGGCUUUUCACGGCCUGAAACUGUGUGCGACUAGUUUGCCUCUCUUUUACGACCGUUAUUAAGGAACAAACCCUUUCAGCUUUCCCUUUAUUGCCCUUUACCUCAUUAUGUCAGCUGGUGAACUGCUGGCAGAACAUUCAGAGCUCACAGUGAGAACUACAGCAAAAUAGGGGGAGGUUAACACCAAGGGUUAGCUCCAUGGGUUAGCACCAAGGGUUAGCUCCAUGGGUUAGCACCAAGGGUUAGCACCAUGGGUUAGCGCCAUGGGUUAGCAUCGAGGCUUAGAACCAUGGGUUAGCACCAAGGGUUAGCAUCAAGGGUUAGCACCAUGGGUUAGCACCAAGGGUUAGCAUCAAGGCUUAGAACCAUGGGUUAGCACCAAGGGUUAGCAUCAAGGCUUAGCACCAUGGAUUAGCACCAAGGGUUAGCGCCAUGGGUUAGCAUCAAUGGUUGGCACCAUGGGUUAGCACCAUGGGUUAGCGCCAGGGGUUAGCACCAAGAUUGGCGUCGUUCUAGAAUGCAAUGCAACUGUAUGACUGCAAAGAUGUACAAGAAUAAAGAUUUGGUUUUGACAAGGGGUGUGGAAUAUCUGGAAUAAUAUCAAAGGGAUUUGUGACAUUUUACAUACAUAAUAGAUUUCUCAAGUGGAUUGUAACUUUAGAUUCUCUUAGUUCGGUCAUGGAGUAUGCAUUCAUAGACAUAAUUAUGCGCAAAAGCUAAACUAAUGCAAACUAACGCAUGCAGGAUAUAAGGCUGUGGUCCUCACUGGCUUUUUUUGUACAAAUUGUCAUGUGAACAUGUUGACAUAUAUGGCACAAUAAUCCACCUGCACACAAGCUACAUAUGCGCUAUAUGCUGAGGGGAGGGUGAGACCACUUAAAUGAGCUAGAUUCACUGAGCUUAAACUGAAGGGCAUGUAACAUUGAAUGGUUGGACUAUACUGUAGUUUAGGCAGAAAUUAGGUAGAACUUAGGCAGCAACGUGUUGCCCAGUGCUGGCUUUCUGUGUGAUGUUCACUCUUUUUUUACCUUCCAUGUGUUGGAUGUUGAUGUCUCUGUACAGCCUGUUAGGUUUUGAAAGGCAGAAAUGUUUUAUUCUGUUAAAUGCAGUUUGGAUUCUUACAUGCCUAGGAUUUUGCAGUAGCUAAAGGUCAAAGUUCAAAAAAAAGUAUGCAACCGAUGCUGAGGUUAAACAUACUGGGAGGCGCUUUCUGUCUGCUGUGGAUGUGACCUGUUUCUGCGAGUCACACAAAAAGGUUUUCACCGUUCAGGAGUUACAUAGUGUAAGAUCGUUGGCCCUGAAAUUGCAGGACCAUGGUAACGUUACUGGGCUGGCCUGAGAAGCGGUGCUCUCUCUUGCAUCGUGCUUACGCACUGUGCUGCAAAGCGUGACCUCUCGCUGCCCAUCCCGGGCCUGUGUGUGUCCAACCCCCACCCCAGUAUGGAAUGCCCAUCUGUCUGCAUCCGCAGCAGCAUUCCAUGUGCAAACCACCCACCCCAGCAUUCCGUGUGCAAACCACCCGCCCCAGCAUUCCGUGUGCAAACCACCCGCCCCAGCAUUCCGUGUGCAAACCACCCGCCCCAGCAUUCCGUGUGCAAACCACCCGCCAAUUCAGGAGCGCUGAGGCACCCGCAGUUCUGCCCUGAAACACGUGGGGUCGCCAGCUACUUGUUUUCGCAUCUCAGACCUCAGCUGAGCUCUCACAGGGCGGAGUCAUAGGAAGACCUUUCACAUGCCACUUUUUAUGCAGUCUUACUGGCGCCCUUUUGGCCAGCGGGAGUUGCUUAAGAGCGAUGAAACGCGGAUCCCUUCCCGUAACCUGGGUGACAAAGGCGGCAGUCACAUCUCGCCCUUAUGGAGGUACUGACCGCAGUCGCUGCUGGCAUGGUCCGGGAUUGAUCCGCGCCCGUGAGGCUCACCCAUGCACCGCAGCAUGGUGCCUUAACCGAAUGAGCCGUCCGACAGACUAACUCUUGGAACUUUCGAUUUCAUUCUUUUCUUUUCUCGAAAAAAAGCUGCCUGACCAUAAAUAAGACAUCACUUUUGGGUUUCGAACGGGAUACCAUUGUUUCCCACCAUUCUUUACGAAAAACAGGGAAGAAAACACAUGUCCAUGUGGUUGGGCUUUUUAAACUGUUUUUUUUUUUUUUGUUUGUUUGGAAAUAAUGCUACCUUUUGCUUUUCUGAUUUAUAUUGUCACUGGUACGAAUUCUGAUUUGUAAAUGCAGUAUUCUUUCGUAUAGCUGAUGUUAUUCAUUAGAACUACUUUGCUACGAUUGCUGAAGAAGAAGAAGAAGCUAAAGGAAAACAAUAAUAGUUGGCAAAAGAAUAGAGAAUUUAUGCAACUUUUCCUUUGCACUAAAAUGCUACCCCAUUGCACAGCACUAAUUCCCUGGGAGCGGUGGUGCGGCAGGGUCUGUGUGAGGUGAAGGUUAGCUGUGAAGGUGUGGUCACCUGGGGCAGAAGCUCCAUGUCCUCUCUGUGUCUCAGACCCCGUUGCAUACAUUGUGCUUAGCGGCGCACGGUUAAGUCACUGAACUAUCUCUUAGCCUCGUGUGCUUGGCUGGAACUGGAGUGAAUCUAGCCGUUCCCUCUGUGGAAAAUGUCGUUAUCUGAAAACGUCUGUCUGUUGCAGUAUUGUAUUUAUUGUUCCUUUUUUGUAACUAAGAUUCACGUGUUAAACGCAUUGCUUUCUCCAGCUGCUAUGCCGGAGGAGAUCGUUCUAAGCAGCACUUAAUGACUUUAAGUGAGCGACACCCGGACCGCAUGUGGGGAUGUGUGGGGGUUAGUCCCUAGCAGCCUGUUGAGAGUGAAGCAGGUCUCUGGACCUCUUCCACUGCAUCAUCUUCCUCUCUGUCUUCCUCAGCAUAAACUCAGCCUGUGAUCUUCUCUCCGAAACACAUACCAGUCAGAGGUUAUGGCCGAUCAAGAGAAAGCACAAUUUUUAUAAAUACGUGACAGACACAUGGGGAGCGUUUUUUACUUUUAAAACCAUAUACUCUCCAAGCAAAAUCAACACGCAGAAGAGGCUGUACAUGUACAGUGUUGUUUGCACUGCGUCAUUGUUUAUUUUUUAUUUUUGUUAGGUGUAAGGUGAAAGUCCUCCACUGGCAGAGUGAAGGGUUGUAGAACAUGCUCAGAGGGGCUGUGGACUUCAUUUCCCAUCAGCACCUCUGAACCGUUAUGGCAGGCUGACCUCUCCACAGAACCCUAUCCUACAGGAAUAAGCCACACUUGUGUAGAUAAUCACCAAGUGCAGCCUGGGAUGCACUUCCUUCCUUUUCCUGGAAAAGCCACUGUGCUCUGUCCUGAAACCGAUAUCAGCCUAGGUGUGUGGGAGUGUAGUUUCUUUCCUUUUGCCUUUUAAUUUGUUCUAAUAUUAUCCUGCGUUUAUUCUGUGAUGGGAGGUGUUCGCUGCGGUCGGCCGGCUAAAUGAAGCCUCCAGCCUACAGCAGCUGUGUUCUUCUGGUGUUUCCUCUGAACUGGACCGGCCUUCGAUAUCCGUUCCUCUCCCCGGAUAGACCCUACAGCACCACUGAUCUUCAGUGAACUACUGAUAUUUUGCAAAGCUCAACAGCUUGCCAGUCUGUAUAAAAUGUAAUUGCUUAAGAUAUUUUCUGUAAAGAAGAAAAAAUAACUUUUUCAUUUGUUUUCAUUUUUCAGCUGUAAUACCGAAGGGGACGUUUGUGACUUUUAACAAAUUUAAUGAUCGGAUUACAUAAAUGGGGGGGGGGGGGAUUUGUAAAAAAUAUAUAUAUAAAGAGGACAAAAUUCAGGACAAAAGGUUGCAUGAAUUAUUAGGGAGACCCUAUUAUGAAACUGCUGUGCAUGUUUUUAACAGUCCAACCCCUCACUAUACAAUCACUGUACAAUACUGGGGUGACACCUGUAAGUACAUGGAAAUAAUGAAUGAAUGAAUAAUUAUGUAAAAAUAGAUCAAACUUAAGAUCAUUGCCUCUGUACAGUUAUCUCUGUGAAUUGACAAAUACAAGUUGUGAUAUGUCAGAA